AUGGCAGUAGGGUGGACACCAGUCGUGAAGGGCAGAGGAAGAUCAGUGCCAUGGAGGUCGAGGGGAAAUGCAAGCAUGUUCACCGUGUUCGUGGAUAACCUACCAGCAUCGAUGAACCCUAAGGAGCUGUUCAAUCUGUUUUCAAAGUUUGGAGUGGUCCUAGAUGUUUUUAUACCGCAGAAGAGAAGGAAGGUCUCUAACACGAGGUUUGGCUUUGUGAGAUUUAAUUGCUAUGUAGCAGCCAAGAUAGCUGUACAGAAGGCAAAUGGCUUGUGGGUGGACGAUCGACCAUUACAGGUUAACCACGCAGAGUUUGGGAAGGAAAAUGGAGUUGAUAAAGAUGAAAGACUACCAGUACAUAAGCAAGUGCAGAGACCAGUAGCAAACGCCGUACAAGCUGGAGUGGUUAGAGAUGGGGCUCGUGGCAUCAAAGAUAGGAGAUCCUAUGCAGAGGCUGUGGAAGGAAAAAGGACAAGGGAAAUAGGAAACAUCCUACUAAAGGCAGAGGAGGCAGGAAAUGGCUGGUUGUUUGAGAGCAUCAUUGUAAGAUUGAAGGCCCAAUUUGCUGAUGUUAGUCUGAAAAAGGAAUUGGCAGCAAUAGGAGUGGAGGAUAUCAUGGUGAGGGAAAGUGGGGGAAGAGAUGUGGUAAUUACGUUUAAAUCAAAGGAGGAGAGGGCAUUGAAAUUAUCAGCUAUUAAGGAGCUGAUCACGGAGUGGUGUGAAGAUAUUACUGAAGGACAAUCUGGGCAGGUACUGGAGCAGGAAAGAUGUGUAUGGUUAAGUUGCUAUGGAAUCCCAUUACAUUUGUGGAAUAGUUCCAAUCUCAUAAAGAUAUGUGGGAUCUGGGGGCAGGUGCUAUGUUUUGAAGGGGAUAUGAGUCAACCACUAUCCUUUGUGUGUGCUAAGCUUAAGGUAUCCACUAAAUGGAUGGAUCCCAUAAACUCAGUUGUGCAACUGGAAUGCAGAGGUAUGGUAUUUCCAGUAAGAGUCUGCGAAGAACAGGUGGUAACGGUCAGAGCUUUGAAAUUUACAUGUAGAUGUCAUAAGCAUCAAGUUAUAGAUGAGUUUGGUAGUUCAAAUGUGCUGGGAGAACAAGAUGAGGAUAGAAAUUGCAGAACGGAAGUAGAUGAUGCUGCUGACAUGGAGUAG